GACUUCUCUCGCCCCUUGUUACCACUCACCAAUGUCCGGCUCCACAAUCUGCCCACAGGUCCUUGCAGGCUCCCUCUGCACAGAGCGCUUCUGCACUUUCGCGCACAAUCCGCCCAGCUGCGACCUGUGCAAUCUCAUCUUUCCCACCGCACCGCAGUACACUGAACACGUCGCGACGAAGCAGCACCAGAACCGUCUGUGCGGCGAGUUUGGGUCGACGCUGUAUUGUUCUGGAUGCGACAAGCACAUCUCCGGCACCAAGAACUGGGCUGUUCAUGUCCGCGGCGCGCGACACAUCAAAAAAGCGGGUGGGAGGCACCUUGAAGCAGAAGAGGGCGGAGAGAUGCCAGGACACACACUCUGCACGACGUGCAACUCGCAGAUCCCAGACAAGUCUUGGGCGCGGCACCACCUGAUGCCGAAGCACCUGGCGAAGACGCAGUUUCUGUCGUUCCGUACGGCCUUGGAUGAAGCCGAGAAAGACAAGAACGGGGUGUCGGUCAGUGGGGCCUUUGACUUCGGGAUAGUCGAGCCCUCCCUGGCGGGUGCUGGGGUAAGAAUGAACGCGACCAUCACGAACACCACGCCCUAUUCGAUUGUGAGCAUUGUCAAUGCGACGUUCGCCUCUUCGAGGGGAGUUCGGAUGUCGACGCCAUUCACACUCGACCUUGCGACUGCUCAUCGUUCAAUAUGCUACAAACAGACGCUGAACUUCACAGUCAGCAUGUGUCAGUCCCAUAACGGCCGUGCCCAAGAUCGACUGGAGUUGGAAUUCGAAGAUCGGCAGCUCGGACGCCGAUUUGUGAUAAUGCGCACAUUGGCUGUGAUUGUUGGGGACCGCGAUGAUCACGAAAACCUGCGACCCAGUGCACCGUACGUUCCGCGCAAACGAACUGCCCGGCAGCCUGAGACGAACGUUGUCGAGGGCGUCGCACCUCCCUCGCUGCGCGUGAUUCGCUACGUUGUCGUGCUUCCCGAGUCGCCGAUCCCCAAAGCCUUGUCUGCAGCUUUAGCAACUGGAACAGCAAGCAGCAUCGUCCAAAACAUGCGGACUGUGUUUCUGCCGCCGGUCCUGAAUAGUGACGCGUAUCCGCGGCACUUCAAGCAUCUCAUUUGGAUAGAGGAGCACCAGAUGGAGCGCGAUCUUCAGUAUUACGAUAUCACAGAGGCCAAGUUGACGGUGCACCAUCCCUAUCACUACGUCUCAGUCCCAGGACUGGCGGAGAAGCGCCCCAGUGUUCUCGUCGGUCAGCACGUUCCCCCUUUCAUCUCCUCUUCUGAUCCAUCCCCUAGGCGACCGAAUCCUUGUGCAGCAAACAGGUGCUGCGGCUGGCCACUGGUUUGAAGGUGGCGUGCACGUCGUGCGGAAGGAAGAAGUCGGAUUGCGGUUCCAUUCGUCGUUUGGCAAGGCUUCUCCCCUAGCGCGUUUUACGGUGCGCUUCAAACUGAACCGGCACCCUGUUCGACGUCAGCAUCUGGCCCUCGAUACGGCCUUCGACGAGGACCGUGUGCUGUUCCCUGAACAAACGCACAUGCCUGCUGGACUAGUCCCUUCUAAGCGCAUCCAAGUCAAGAAUCCGCUGAUCGCACACAAUCCUCCUCAGCUGCAGGCCGUUGUGUCCAUAGUCGAGCGGGCGCCUGGGUCCGUCCCAUUCGUCAUCUUUGGGCCACCCGGAACGGGGAAAACGGUCACCAUGGUCGAAUCCGUUUUCCAGAUCUUGUCUGCGAACCCUCAAGCUCGCGUGCUGGCGAUUGCGCCCAGCAACUCUGCCGCAGACCUCAUCACAACGCGUCUCAUGUCACUGGGGGCGGAGCAGCUGUUUCGGUUCUACGCCCCGUCACGUCACAAAGAAACGGUCCCUCUAGAGCUACGCGCGUUCACCUUCGCCACCGCGAACGGACACUUUGCUGUUCCGGGGCUGGCGAAGAUGAAGACGUACAGGGUGGUGGUGACGACCUGUGUCUCUGCGUCUGUCGUUUCAGGGAUCGGCAUCCCAAGAGGCCAUUACUCACACAUCUUCUGCGAUGAAGCGGGCCAGGCUACCGAACCUGAAGUUAUGAUCGCGAUCAAAACUAUGGCCGACAAGCAGACCAAUGUGGUUCUCUCUGGGGAUCCGAAGCAACUGGGGCCGAUCAUCCGGUCUGCGAUUGCGAGAGAGCUUGGUCUGGAGAAGAGCUUCAUCGAGCGGCUGAUGGCUAUGGAGAUAUACGAUCAGGUCAGAGGUUACGGCAAGUCCGUCGUCAAGCUUACGAAGAACUUUCGCUCGCACCCGUCGAUCCUCAAGUUUCCGAAUGAACGCUUCUAUCAAGGGGAACUGGAGGCGUGCGGUAGCCCGUCGGUGGUCAACGCGUAUGUGAACUGGGGGCCGCUGCCCAAUGGUCAGUUUCCGGUGAUCUUCCACGCGAUCAGGGGAAAGGAUGAUCGGGAAGCCUCUUCGCCGUCGUUCUUCAACGUCGAUGAGGUCAGCCAGGUCAAGAGCUACGUGGCGAUGCUCCGGGAUGACCGCCGCGUGCGGAUCACUGACAACGACAUCGGUGUGAUCACACCAUACCAUGCUCAGUGCCUCAAGAUCCGCGCGGUGCUGCGUGCAUUCGCAGACGGGGUCAAAGUCGGCAGUGUUGAGGAGUUCCAGGGCCAGGAGCGCCAGGUGAUCAUUGUCUCGACUGUCCGGAGCAGCCGCGAGUUUGUCGAGUACGACUUGCGUCACACACUGGGCUUUGUGGCCAAUCCCCGUCGAUUCAAUGUUGCUGUCACACGAGCCCAAGCGCUGCUCAUCGUCAUCGGAGACCCUGAUGUGCUGGGCCUUGACCCACUUUGGCGGACUUUCCUGAACUACGUGCACGGCAAUGGGGGAUGGACUGGUCCAGAUAUCUCUUGGAAUCCAGACCAGCCGGUUGACGAGGCCGGGGGCUACGACCAGGCUGUCCGCGAGGCCGCUCUGUUCGAUAUGACUCAGUUUACGAAGAGGAUGGAAGACAUGACUGUCGCUGGCGUGAACGCGGACGAUGCUGAUGAAGAUGUAGAGCGGCCAUGGCAAGAUGUCGAAUAGUCCACGAUGUCUUCCACGAGGUCGUCUAUUCCAGUGUUUGUCUUGAUUCACCUGUAUGGAAAAUCUGAUCUUUGUUUGAGUGGGCGGGGAACACAUUCUGGAAUGGCUAAAUAGCAAAAUCAGCGAGAAGUCGAUCCUGGUCAAGACCCCUGAGUGUCUGCCCGCGGGUGAUCCGGAUUUGCUAUGGCCGUGACAAACUCGGCGAGAUCCCCUAAGAUCCUCUUGUCGUGUAUCCCUGUCUCUCUCUCGACUCAUUCAUCAUCGAAGAACUACUUACUUACUCUCUCCAAUUGCCAUCUCUCGUGAAACGGUUUUCCCCGAUAUGAAUCCUGAGUAUGAAGAGAAGAAGAUCGUCGACCUCAGUGACGAGGAGCUUGUCAACCUCGGGUUCAUGGGCGAAAACGUUGCUCCAGAGGUCAAAGACAUAGUCGAGCAGGUGAAGGCUGAUCCCACAAAUCUAGGCAGUGUCACCUGUUUCAUGGUCGACUUGGUCAGACGCAGACACGAGGCUGCUGAGCCCUCCAUCCCUCCUCCCUCUGGCACCCUCACCAAUGCCGAGAUUCACUCAGAGCUUAUUGACGGCUCAGAUCCUCACGCCAUCGUUGCCCCCGACCUAAUCUCCAAAUUCGAAAUGCGCUUUUAUUACCACGGUCUCUCUGGGGAUCCUCCCCAUCUCAUGUGGCGCUCUGAUUUCGAGACCAACCCCUUCCCCACUCACCAACCUGGAAGCCACUUCUUUACGAUCCCCACUAAAACUGCCCAUGGCGUCUUCAACACGCCUCUCAAUGGCGUGUGGGAUGUCGCUCUUCCUCGGAUUAUACAAUCAUUGAAGGAGCAUCACCUCCGGUGGUCUGCGAUCCAUAAGGUUCGCUUCUCGAUCGAGGAUAGCGAGGGUGAAACCCUUGGUCCUGUUGUAGUGUGGAUCGCAGUUCAUCCCAACACCACCACCGCAGGGGCCGUUCGUGAUGCCACACCAGACAUCCUCAAGAUCCUCGCUGACUACCAGAUCACCGAUGUCGUUGUUGAGUGGUACGAGGGCGCUGGCGCCAGACUGGUUGACUCCGUCCGGUCAUGAGUGUUGCAGACAACACUAGUGCCCAGUUCAGCCACAAUCGUCCCCUGACGCGCUGGAUUGUCGACAUCUUACUCAGUCUCUGUACAUAAACUUGUUACCUCGCCCGCCCGUGUCAUAUGAUUGAUUUUCUCGUAUUGACUACCACGACUGUUCCCUUCCCACUCUAUGACUCCUGCUUUGUAUCAAGACUCACAGAAAUAAAUGAAGUUCCCAUCCUUCCUUCAAGAGCAGAUUUAGCGGAAAUUCAGACAUGGAUGAUUAUGCGAUCAAAGCAUAUGACGCGUCUCAGCGCGUUCGCUCGUGUCUACUACCACCAUGUCCUUUUCCGAAAACUCUCCAGCACAAUUCUGCGGCAUCCCCCUUGAGUCAGAUCCGACUAUCUUCACAGACCUGAUGCACGCUCUCUGCGGGGUGCGAUCCCACCUGCUGACCUGCGUCGAUCUGCUCUCCCUUGACCCAGACGAUCUCGUUCCUGGCGGUCCCUUGGCUCUGCCAGGCAAGUUGCGCGGAAUCAUUCUGGUGUACAAUACCAACCCCGCGUACGAAUCCUCGAUCGACUACGAGCGGGAGAAAGCGCGAGAUGCGGGGCGAGGGUAUGCUGGUCGAGGGUCCGACGAGCCGAUGUUGUGGGUCGAGCAGAUCGUCCCCCACGCAUGCGGGUUCUUCGCACUGAUGCACAUCGUUUCAAACUUGAGUCGAUUGGGUGUAGAUUCGCCGUAUAUAGACCCAGAUUCGCCCAUGGGAAAGUUCAUCGCCUCUGCGCUCCCCAUGUCGCCUCCCGACCGGGCUUCGUUCCUCGAGUCCUUCUCACCCAUCGCAGCGCUGUACAACGACUGUGCGCCCCUCGGUACCAGUCAAGUGUUGCAUGCCGACGAUGUCGUUCCCGGGCACUACGCUGCGUUUAUCCCUUCGCAACUGGAUGGCCACAUUUAUGAGAUGGACGGCGGCAAAAACGGGCCAGUGGAUCACGAUGAAUGGCUGGAUGGGGAGCGAGAUAUAUUGAUUGGUGGAACGCGUGUCGUGAAGGAGAUAGUGAAGAAUCAUCUGGAUCCUGAAAACGCGCACUUUCAUGCUCUCGCUGUCGUCGAAAUGGAAUCGCGCAGGGAACAGUGAAUUACGUUGUCCAAGUUUAGGAUAGGGACAGCCGAAAUGAAAGUAUCUCGGAUGGUGCGAGCAGAAAAAACUGAUUCGACCCGGGCUCGAACCGGAGACCUCCCGUGAAACACAGUCCUCAACUGCGGGAAUCCGAAUGUGAGACGGACGUGAUAACCAA